AUGUCAGAUUUAGCGCAAACUGCUUAUGCGGAUGCACUGAUUAAUGCACGCCCUGGUGAUUCUGUAGCUGCACUCCAAAACCGUAUAAAGAAAGCCGCAACGCUACAAGAAGAACUAGCAAACUUCUUUCAAGCCCGCGCAUCAGCUGAACUGGCUUAUGCAGCUUCACUUAAUAAAAUCACGCGCUCUAAGCCAUUCAUUUCGGAUGUACAACUCCUGAGUCGAUCAGGCUUAGGUGGAAUCUGGGAUAAUCUACAGGAUGAAUUAUUUCAGCUAUCUGUUAUACACGAUAAAUUCGCUAAGAAGAUAUCCGAUCAAGUCGAGAAACCGCUGAGAAUGGCGUCCCAACAAGGUGAAUGGGGCAGCCUCCCAAGUUCAGAUACAGCAAUGAAUAAACUCGUCAAGAGCAUCGACGAGUCACAGAAGAGCGUUAAUAAGUUUCAACGUAAAGUUGAUAACGCUGGUGGUAAAAAAUCUGGCGCUGCAGGCUCACGACUCACUCAAGCUCAAUCUACAUACGCUAAUGCUCAACAAAAAUUCAUUUCUAGCGCUCCUUCUUACUUCAACUCUUACCAAAUUACAGAUUCUAAUAGACUUCAAGAAUUACGCUCGAUUUUCGUUAAAUGGGAGACGAUGCAGUCUGAAUUGAACCAAUCAAAGCAAAAAAUCAAUGAACAUAACUUAGCUGAGUUACUUAAUUGGUCUACAGAUGAUGAUCAAAAUGAGUACCUCACUCAACUUUCUUCUUUAUUAGGUUUGAACUUAGGCGCUAACGACUCCCUCUCAGCCUCUACACAGGCUCAUUCACCAAAUACUCAAUCUCAAUCAUUUGAUCCUGUUCGUCCACUCAACAGCAGGAGUAGCUCCACUUUGAAAGAGAAUGCCAGCGGCGUGCGCUCUUCAAUCGCCAACACUUUCUUCAGUAGAAAUAGAUCCAAGUCAAACUCACGCGAUAGUUAUGUCGCUACAACUCAAGAAAUUCCUCCUGUACCUGCGAUGAGCAGUAAUCCAAGACAUUCAUCCACAGUCGGUGACCUUGAAGCACUCGAUCAUCCAGCCGCACAAUCUACCACUCAACUCGAGCCUGUAAGCGAGAAUCUGAUGGAUGCCAAUAACGAGGAUCAAGGUACUACUGAGAAGGCUGUUGAUCUCAAUGGCACAAAUGCCACAGAUGCCACAGAUGCUCCAGAGAAAGAAAACCCAGAAACAUUAAUGUCGACCUCCCCGCAACCAAUCGAAACUUCACCGUCAACCGGUAAUGAUCAAGACGAUAACGCGGCAAUGUCCAAAGUUCGUCAGUCCCUUAUCGCGUCUGCACCGGUUCAGCGUCGACCUACCACCAUGCGUGGCAGGAGGGAUGUCCGGAAUACCAUGUUUGUGAAUGACGUACCUGACGAUAUGCCACUGGGUGAGGCGUUAAAGAUGAGGGGAGCUGGACCGACAGGAGCGACAGGCACAUCAGCAUCACCAACAUCACCAACAUCACUAACUAAUCCAUUCGUAAGCGCAAACGCACCAGCUACCACCUCUCCACCAUCUUUAAACCCUAAACCUUCAAUUGAGGGUAUAGCGACAGAGCGCACGAUGAGCAUGAGUAGCACUACGCCAUCGCUUACGCCGUCCAUCCAGAACAAAUCCACCGUCGAUCCAUUCGAAGGCUCCGACGCGAUGGUGGAGGGACUGAAGCCGGCCAUUACUGAGAAUGUAAAUGUGCUGAUGAAGGGCGGAGAAGUAGUCAAGGUAAUGAUCACAGGUGAGGUUAGCUUAUGGUACAAACCGUCGUCUGUAAGUGUCGACACUCCAACAUUCCGCCUUAGUGCGUUUGAGCAGCUCGAGAAAGUAGCUCCAAACCCCCAAUACCUCGAACAUAUCGCAGACAGACACGGAGAAUAUAAGGUGAAUCUCGACGCUUUGUCCAAGGUUGGAAAAGCAUUGGUUCUCAAAUAUCAGCUAUACAUAUCACAAUCACAGCUCAAGAGCUACGUCCCAAUGUUGGUUAAUAUGAAAUGGAAACAUGAGUUUAAUACUCACUCAGCUAUUGUCAAUUACUCGCUUAAUCAGGAGUCUAGUCUGAUGAAGAAGGGUAAAGCAUUAAACGGCGUGCAGCUGCUCAUACCAAUUAAUGCAAAGAGUGUUCAAUCUAAACCUCAAGGUAUAUACUCCCCAGAGAGGAAGAAAAUGACUUGGAUGUUGAACAACAUCAAUGAUGGUAACUCUGAUAAGAUAUUGGCUAGAUUUGUCGUCGAUGAUGAGCAAUAUCAGCAACAACCCGCUCAAUUGAAGUGGAUAGUCGGAGGAGAGAUCACUUCAGAUGUCGAUGUCGAACUUGAAAACAUUGGCAGUGUAUCUUCCACCAUUAAAAACACUGUCAAUGGCAAAUAUUUGAUCAGCUAG